UUCUUCUACACGAACUCUCUCUCUCUCUCUCUCUCUCUCUCUCUCUUCACUGAAAAAACACGGACACUAUGAUGGCUGCAGCGCCACCCGCCGAGGACGCGGACGAUUGGGUUAAACAUGCCAUGAACGACGACGUGGCAGUAGUCAGCGUUCUCCUCGACAUCAGACACUCGGAGCCGCCCCCGCCGCUGUUCCGUGGCGCUCCUCGGGCACUGAAGCUCGAGUGGAGCGUGCGGCAGAGGAGGUCGAAGCACGUGCCGCGGACGCAGAGCGACGUUGGUGAUGUUAGAAAGAAGAAGAAGAAUAAGAAGGUGGAGGAGGAGGAGGAGUUGACGAGAGCCAGCCCCACCACGCCGCUCUCCUUUAGCGGCGCCACUUCCGUCAGCGGCGGCGCCUCCGAGGAGUCCUGCAAGCCGGCUAAGCCGACCUACGCCGCGAGAUCUAAGGUUACUGUUACAAGUUGCACAACCAUCUCCAAGAGGCCAAGAAAGAGGAAGACAUUAGUUCAACUUAAAGAGGAAGAGAGUCUUCUGUUGAAGGAAAGACGCAAUCUGAAAAAGGAACUACUAACACUACGCCUCAAUGUCGAGAAGCAGAGGGCCACAAAUGAAAACUUGAAGAGAAUAAAGCUGCAGCAAACGCUGAUGAAAGUUGCAUCGUCUUCUGCAUCGGGUGAAGCCAUUUGGUAUCAACCUGCACAAGUAAAUGCAGUUGGUGAACUUACUAAAGUUAUUGAUCUUGGCGUUUCAAAGAGUCCCUUUCCAUCCAACAUGUCUAACAUAGUACACGAAGGUGGGAACUGCCGAGAAGCUGCCUUUCCACUACCCGAUCUAAAUCUUCCGUUUGAAGACAAUCACAACCCCGAGGCUUUAUGUUGAAUCAGCUAAGAAGAUUGAAAGUACACUAAUAUCCGUUUUUUCCUCUAAUCAUGCGGCAUCAAGUUUAGCAGCAGAAUUUAGCUUAAUAAUAUAAAGUUUUUAGGUUGACAAACUAAAAUGUAAGUAUGGAAAUCAGUUACCUUGACCGAUUAUUGAAGUAAAAGCGGCACCGAGGAUAGUUUAGAGAUCCCAACCCCUUAGUUUACAGUUUAAUAUUUUUCUUUUUUUAAUGUUAUCUAGUUUUUUAAGGAACACUCAUUCCUUUCUUAUUUUCAUUAUUUGUGUCUAUGAUAUUGUGGCACUGCUCCAUAGCUAAUUGGUGUUAUUAAUACCUUUCUGAUUCUUACUUCAGACGGCAUACUCUUUCCCCAGUGGAGUCUAAAGAUGAUUAUAUAUUGUUAAUUUUCUUUC